GCGCGGUCCCCGCCGCGGCUCGCGCGGCGUUCAGCCUGGCCAUGGGGCCGCAGGGCGUUCAGCCGCUCCUGCUUCUGCUUCUGGAUUGCUGGGCCUCGGUGAGCGCCCAGACCAGGGCUACUCCGCCUGUGCCGACGGAGAGCCUCAACUCUACGGAGGCAGCCCGGACGACUCCCCGACCCGCCUUGUCUCCGAGGCCCUUUGGAACUCCCAAGGCCCCCGUCCCCACCUCUGGCCCCAGGCCCACCCCGGUCACGGACGUUGCUGCUCUGUGUGUCUGUGACCUGACUCCCGCUCAGUGUGACGUCAACUGCUGCUGUGAUCCUGAUUGCAGCUCCACAGAUGUCAGUGUCUUUUCUGCCUGUUCAGUUCCAGUUGUCAUGGGUGAUAGUCAGUUUUGUAGUCAAAAAGCAGCCAUCUAUUCAUUGAAUUUUACAGCAAAUCCACCUCAAAGGAUAUUUAGACUUGUUGACCAGAUUAAUCCAUCUAUUUUCUGCGUUCAUAUUACAAACUAUAAACCUGCGUUAUCCUUCAUUAAUCCAGAAGUGCCUGAUGAAAAUAAUUUUGAUAAAUUGAUGAAAACAUCUGAUGGUUUUUCCUUCAGUUCAGAAUCAGAGAUUUCUUUCUCAACCCAGUCGGACACUCUAGCUCCUGCUAAAUAUAAGUAUGGGGCCCCUCUGCAGACUUCAGAUUCAUUCUUGAGAUUUCCCUCUCCCCUUACGUCAUCUCUGUGCACUGAUAAUAACCCUGCAGCAUUUCUGGUGAACCAAGCUGUUAAGUGCACCAGAAGAAUAAAUUUGGAACAGUGUGAAGAAAUUGAAGCCCUGGGCAUGGCUUAUUACAGCAGUCCUAAAAUUCUGAGGGUUCCUGGUUUAAGAACAGAGGCAGAGAUCCCUGUCACUGUUCAGUCCAUCCUCGUGCAGUCUCUGAAUAAAACACUGACCCGGCUGGAGGACAUGGUCGGAUUGAACCAGACUCUCGUUGAGGCUGGGGAUGUUAAAAUCUGCACUAACGUCGUUCUCGAGGUGAAGUACAGCAUCACGUACACAGACGCAGGGGAGGUAGCCCAGGCUGGCCUCGCUCUCCUUCUGGGGACGGUGAGCCGGGCAGUGGUCGCACUCGAGCAGAAGUUUGAAAUUCAUUUCAUUCAGCAAAAUACAAAGCCAGUUCCUCUCAGCGGAAACCCUGGUUAUGUUGUGGGGCUCCCGUUAGCUGCCGGAUUUCGGCCUCAGAAGGGAUCUGGGAUUAUUCAGACCAUGAACAGAUUCGGACAACUUACUAUUCUUCGUAGCCUAGCCGAGCAAGACUGCUUCGCAGUGGAGGGGAUCCGGGCCCCAGUAUUAUUUGGUUAUGACAUGCAGUCUGGCUGUAAACUAAGACUGCCCAAAGCCAUGACGUGCCAGUUCGCAGUGCGGAGAGUGAAGAGCCUCCUGCAGGGCCAAGGCUUCCCGGACUAUGUGGCCCCUUUCGGAAAUUCCCAGGCCCGGGAUGUGCUGGACUGGGUACCGGUCCACUUCAUCACCCAGGCAUCCCACAUGAAGGACUCUUGCCAGCUCCCUGUGGCUUUGGUGAUAGAAGUGAAGUGGACUAAAUACGGGUCCUUACUAAACCCACAAGCUAAAGUAGUAAAUGUGACUGCAAGUUUCCUCUCAUCCUCCUUUCCUGAGACCAACUCAGGAAGUGAGAGGACGGUUCUCAUUUCCACUGCGGUUACUUUUGUGGACGCAUCUGCACCUGCCGAGGCAGGCUUCAGAGCUCGGCCAACCAUCAACGCCAAGCUGCCGUUUAAUUUCUUCUUUCCGUUUGUCUGACAAAACACUAGCCAGGAAGAGGAGGAACCAUGACCUCUGGGUCCAGUCCCAGGCUCCGCCCAGCCAGCUGUCCCUCUGUGGCCUGGGAGGACAGGGGACAUACCGUUGAUGAUCCGGGCCACCCGCCACAGCCGGAGCAGAAUCAGCAGGCCAAGAGCCUCAAACUGGUGCUUCUGGAACAGGAGGAUAAAGUCGAGGAUGAAGGAAACCACCACCACAAAGGCAUCCAGGAUUUCAAACUUGUGGUGAAAGAACUCCAUGCGGAAGACAAAUAAUUUAAAAAAAAUCUCCAUCAUAAAGAAGGUCAGGAUGGCAAAGCUCAUGUAGUGGAAGACCUGGAGAAGACAGAAGAGGCACAGUGAGAACGAUCCAGGGCUGCCCAAAGGCCGGGGCAGGGCACACACACGUGCUGGGCUGCAGAGCACCUGCCUGGGCACCACAGAGCGAAUGCACUUGACCCAUCCCAAACUCCCGAGGGGCUGUUCUCUGACUGGGGCCACGGCUGGGACACCACAGACAAGGGCAGUUGAGCCAUGGCAGGCUUGAAAACCACCAUGCCCUUCGGCCCAGUAAUUCCAAAUGCUCGUAUUUCAUCCCAUAGCUCUCCUCACACGGGCACAAAGGCAUGUUGUAGGGAUCUUUGCUGUAGCAUCAUUUGCAGACAUAAGAUUUUCUACCUUGUUCAUAGAAUAGAAAUUCUAUUGGAGGGCACUUGUCAAAUCCCUUACAGUUCCCUCCAUAUGGAACGCAAUGCAAUUGUUAAAGACCAAGGCUGACUCCUAGGUAUUGACUAAAAAUGAUUACUUAGGUAGAUGGCAAUUGAGGAGGGUUCCUGGAUCUUGAUUUAGAAAUACUAGCUCUUGGGGCACCGGGGUGGCUCAGUGGGUUAAGCCUCUGCCUUCGGCUCAGGUCAUGGUCUCAGGGUCCU